AAGUGGCGAUCAUUGAUAACAUCAAAUUGCGGGAACAUCCAAGUUUGCUGCCACGCCGCGACGGAGCCUGAGCCUGAGACUAAGCCCCUGCCUGCCCGCCUGCCUUGCUGUUGGCUGCGCUUACCACGGCUCCUCCACACGACUGCUGCAUAGAUGCACAAGACUUCCGUGUGCCCGUGCCCCUGCUGCCUUCCCGCCAAACUCCACUCGCAAAUUUGUGAACACAACGCAAAGCGGGCGACGGCCACGACCAGCCUGCUUGACAACUUCCGCCGCCCAACCCGACUUUUGGCUUACAAAAUAAAACUUCAACCCCCAGGAGCGGCCACGCAGCCUGCCGCCUCCCCAUCUUCGCCUGACGCAGCCCGGCCUCGCCGAGACAGGCCUUCUCGCUCGACACUGGCCCCGACCUAGCUUCCCAGGGUGGGCUCUUUCCUGCGAACGUCCUUGCUCCCCGCGCGUCGCCCUGCCGAAGCCUCGACUGUCGUCACCAGCCGCCACCAUGGACCAAAUCCCUGACUCCCCCAACGCCAUGAUGGUGGACAGCGUCGACCAUGUCGUCGAGGCGAACGGCGUCCUGGAGAAGGAUACCGUGACCGAGAUCACCCCCGAUACCCUCGCCGAGGAGACGCCAGCGCGACCGCUGGCCACCGACUUCGAGGCCAUAAAAAACGAGGUGCUCAUCCCUCUUGUCGAGCAGCCCCGUACCCUCGAAGAUGUCCACCACACAUGGGAGGUUGAGGCCUACAGGAGCUUGCCCAAGAAGGACCAUGGCCCCAUAUUCACAGCAGGCGGCUUCCCCUGGCGCAUUCUCAUAUUCCCUCAAGGCAACAACACGUCGCACGCCUCCAUCUACCUCGAACAUGGCUUCGAUCCGAGCGAUAUCCCAGAGGACUGGAGCUGCUGCGUGCAGUUCUCAUUGGUGCUCUGGAAUCCCAACGACCCCUCCAUAUAUACCCACCACACAGCUCACCACAGGUUCACCAAGGAGGAGGGUGACUGGGGAUUUACCAGGUUUCUGGAGCUGAGCAAGAUGUUCAACCUCCCCUAUGAGGACUUCGACCGGCCCAUGGUGGAGGACGACCGUGUCAACAUCACUGCCUACGUCAGGAUCGUCGAGGAUGAGACUGGCGUUCUGUGGCACAACUUCACCAACUACGACUCCAAGAAGGAAACAGGAUAUGUUGGGCUCAAAAACCAGGGCGCCACGUGCUACCUAAACUCGCUAUUGCAGUCUCUUUACUUCACCAACGCCUUCCGCAAAGCCAUCUACCAGAUCCCGACGCAGCAAGAGGAGAGCAUGAGUAACAGCGCAUACACCUUGCAACGGCUCUUCUACCAGCUCCAGACCUCGAGCGGCGCAGUCGGCACGGCCGAGUUGACCAAGUCGUUCGGCUGGGAGACGCGUCACAUAUUCGAGCAACAAGACGUGCAGGAGCUUUCACGGAAGCUGAUGGAGCGCAUGGAGGAGAAGAUGAAGGGCACUGAGGCCGAAAACGUACUCCCAAGGCUUUUCUGCGGCAAGAUCAAGACGUACAUAUCUUGCAUUCACGUCAACUACGAGUCCAGCCGAGUCGAGGACUUUUGGGACGUUCAGCUCAAUGUCAGCAAGAUGGGUAACCUCCUAAACAGCUUCAAGGACUACAUCUCGGUCGAGAAGAUGGAGGGCGAGAACAAGUACUUUGCUGGAGAUGAGCACAAGCUGCAGGAGGCAAACAAGGGCGUCAUAUUCACCUCGUUUCCCGACGUGCUCCAUCUGCAGCUCAAGCGCUUCGAGUACGACUUCACAAAGGACGCCAUGACCAAGGUCAACGACCGCUACGAGUUUCCCGAGGUCUUUGAUGCCGCCCCAUUCCUCUCGGAGGAUUCGGACAGGUCCGAACCCUGGACCUACCAGCUGCACGGUGUGCUGGUUCACAGCGGCGACCUCAAUGCUGGCCACUACUACGCCUUCCUGAAGCCGAACAAGGACGGCUGGUUCUACAAGUACGACGACGACAAGGUGACGAAAGCGACGAUGAGGGAGGUCCUGGAGGACAAUUUCGGCGGCCCCUUCCAGUACCCUAACGGAUUCAAGCCGGCCGCCACAAAGAAGGUCGUGAUGCGGCCCAACAGCGCAUAUAUGUUGGUUUACAUCCGGCAGUCGCGCGUUGACGACAUUCUGACGCCGGUGACGCAAGCCGACAUGCCCCAGCACAUCCAAACCCGGUUCGAUGAGGAAGCGGCUGCUAAGGAGGCCAAGCGCAAGGAGAGGGAGGAGCAGCACCUGUACCGCUGGAUAAAGGCGGUUACUUCCGACACGUUCCGCGCCCACGGCGGGUUUGACAUGACCAAUUUCGACAUUACUCCCAACCAGACCCAGGACGCCAACCCCGCAGCUCCGCGACUGUACAAGCAAUUCCGGACCGCGUCCAUGAAGGACGUAACAGAGUCGAUCGCCAAGGACCUUGGACAUGAGCCAGAGAGGGUGAGGCUGUGGAUCAUGGUCAACCGUCAGAACAAGACGAUCCGGCCCGACCAGCCCAUCAUGGAUUUGCGUCCCAGUCUGGAAGACACAUGGAGUAGAGCUUCAUCGAUCCACAGAGACGAGGCCCUGCGCGUAUGGGUCGAGGUUGCCGAGGACGUCAGCGAGAGCGGCGAGGUCAUAUGGCCGACCUACCAGGGACAGUCGCCUAACGGAGUUAUUGUCAAGAACGACCUGAUCCUGCUAUUCCUGAAGUACUUUGACGUCGAGUCACAGACGCUGAGCGGACUUGGCUACACGUACAUCAACAAGGAGAAGAAGGUGGAUGACUUGAUACCCAUCAUCCUUAGGAAGUUGGGUGUGGGCGAGAAACUACCCAGCGAUGAGAAGAUGCUCCUGUGGGAGGAGAUCAAACCCAGCAUGAUUGAGAGUCUCAAGGCGAAGCAAUCUUUAAAGGCUGCCGAGCUGCAGGACGGCGACAUCAUAUGUGUUCAGAGGAAGCGGGAGACAGGCACAUCCAACUUCCUAGAAAAGAGGUUAGGCGGUGAUUCCAGGACAUCGGACGAGGCAAAGUCGGACAACUUUGAGGAUGCAAAGGAGUACUACGAAUUCUUGGUGAACAAGAAGAUGAUUCGGUUCCACGCGCACCCCACGCGCGGCGAUCCGAGCGCGCACCAGCCCUUCGAGAUGGUGCUCAACUCCAAGAUGACGUACGACCAGCUCGCCGAGAAGGUGGGCGAGCGCCUCGGUGUGCCGCCAACUCACCUCAGGUUCUCGACUCUGCACGGCACCACUGGCCAGCCCAGGCUACCGGUCAAGCGCGGCCCCACGGCCACUCUUGGGACCAUCCUCAAUCCCCCGAUCUAUGGGCAUAUGAGUCAGGGGGCGCAACGCAACGACGCUCUGUACUUUGAGGUUCUCGACAUGAGCCUUUCGGAGCUCGACACCAAGAAGAAUGUCAAGCUCACGUGGCUCAGCGAGGGUAUCACCAAGGAGGAGCACUACGAUCUCCUGGUGACCAAGAGCGGCAUGGUCGACGACCUCAUCGAGGCGCUGAUCAAGAAGGCCAAGCUACAGAGCGAGGAGGAGGCGGGCCCGAUCCGCAUCUUCGAGGUCAAUACGCACAAGUUCUCAAGAGAGCUUCCACGCGAAUAUCCCGUCAUCAGCCUGAACGACUUCCUGUCGAUCGUGGCCGAGCGGGUGCCGCAGGAGGAGCAGGGCGUGGAGAACCCCCAGUUUAUCUACGCCUUUCACUAUCAGAACGAGCCGAAUAGGCUGCAUGGGAUGCCGUUCAAGUUCCUUCUCAAGGAGGGCGAGCCAUUCUCCGAGACCAAGAAGCGGCUGGAGAAGCGAACCGCAAUCCGUGGCAAGAAUUUUGAGAAGAUCAAGUUCUCUGUAGUUAGGCGCUCACAAUACUCGCGGCCUCAGUACCUUAAGGAUGACGACACGCUCUGGGAUCUUUCUGAACCAGAAGACGACUUCCUCGGACUUGACCAUGCAGACCGGUCGAGAUCUCUCCGCAACGGAGUCGGUGAUCUUUUCCUCAAGUAGACGGGAGCGGGAACUCCGGGACGAACGAAAGUUUCGAGGAAACCCAAGUUACACCGAGAAAGAAGCGGAUCGGGAAUGUCGAGGUCACGAUUGCCGCUCCUUUUCUAGCUGCCGCCAUCCUUUCAAUAUGACUUGUGAAUCACGCCUUACAUCGAGCAAGCUUGGGGAAAGCGACUGGGAUUGUUAUUUUCAUUCGGGAUGGAGUGCUCCGGUGCCUGCAUCGUAUCCGUAGCGGGAUGGGUGGGUUCCGCAUGGCGGCUACAUGUAAUCUUGCCCCUGCCACUCUCUUUCUUCCAUCCUUAUUUCUUUGGGUCAAGCUUACGAGCCAUUGCAUUGAUGUCUUGUCUCUUUAUCCGCAGGACUUGGGGCCUCGCUUUUUUUUCAUCUUAUUUCAUUGUUUCUGUUUCUUUUGUGGCCAAUUUUGAAUUCUUAUUCUCCGCCUUGAAUCCCCAGGAUGGAACAAACUCACGAGGACAGUCAAGCACAUAGACCGGAAGUUGAGGGCACUUGCGAGCAGCGGGAAAACGACUUGGCCGGGUCUUUGAUGUUUUUAUCUCGAGGCCUUUUUGUUUGUUGUUUAGUUGGCACUGUCAGAAUACGGGUGGAGAGCAAGGGCGUCAGCGUCGGGCAAGAGAAGGCGUAGAAACAGGUAGCAACAAGCAACAACUUUGUGGCAACUGAAAACGAUGAAGCAGCACGGUCGUGGGAAUUGAGUUCCAAGGCAAGGAUCCCCAGGCCAGAGCCUCC